AUGUCUCCCCGACGAAGCGCACCAGCUAACGGUGAUAUAUACAGGCGCUCUAGAUGCUGGCGCUCAUGGACGACAGGCAACAACAUUGGUCAGCCGAUCCUCAACGGCGUCGUCACGGAUGAGCUCAAAGCGGCCAUUGCCAGGGUGCUGGCCGCCGCGCACAAGGCUGGCAAAAAGUGCGGCAUAUACUGCGCCAACGGCGCGCAGGCCAAGGCCAGCGCGGCGCAAGGGUUCGACAUGAUCAACGUGGCGACCGACUACACGUCGCUCGAGGCGCUGGUCAAGGAGGAGCUGAGCGUCGCGUCGUCGCAGGCCAAGCCUGAGCGAGGCGUGUCGUACUAA